GCCACUUCAAGACGAGACUAAUGCAAAUGCCUUGAGUACAUUGUAAGGCGCUAUACAAAUUUAAUGUAUCUAUUGACCGGUUUGUGUUGCCGUAGAUUUGUAAUGGUAUCCUAGCAACCCAAACAGACGUGUAGACGAGUUGGUAAAACCAUUAAGUGACCACUCCAAUAUUACAUUUAACGGCUAACAGAAUUUAGUUGAUAGGACUGACGGAAAGUAUCGUAACUUUUUUAGCUAACCUAGCAUUAGCUGUUGAAGGCUGCAGGAGAAGAUGAACCGAACGCUACAUCCUCGCAUCUAUGUGGAGCAAACUCUGGCUCUUAUCAAACCAGAUGCCAUCCACAAGGCGGACGAGAUUGAGGACAUUAUCCUAAAAUCGGGCUUCACCAUCCUGCAGAAGCGGAAGCUGCAGCUAAGUCUAGCGCAAUGCAGUGAUUUCUACACCCACCUGUAUGGAAGGCCCUUCUUUCCCAGCCUGAGUGCCUUCAUGAGCUCUGGCCCCAUCAUUGCUCUGACUCUGGCCCGGGACAACGCCAUCGCCCACUGGAAGUCUAUCAUCGGGCCUGUCAACAGCACUAAGGCCAAAGAAACUCGUCCAGGGUGCCUGAGAGCCAAAUACGGCACUUCUGAACACAAAAACGCACUCCAUGGCAGCGAGUCAUUUCAUGCGGCUGAAAGGGAGAUCAAAUUCAUGUUCCCAAACUCCGUAAUUGAGCCCUUUCCCUCAAGAGAAGCCACCGAAGAAUACCUGAGCAGGUAUGUAAACCCAACUCUGCUACUUGGACUCACUGAGCUCUGCAAGCACAAGACACACAACCCCUGUAUUUGGCUUGCUGACUGGCUGAUCAACAACGAUCCAAAUAAGCCUCGAAUAUGUGAUGGAGCCACUGUGGAAGAAGCAGAAUGACAACAAAUACAUAAUUUAUAUACAAAUAUAUCUUUUCAGUACAAUGAUUAAAUAAAAUGUAUUUUCAGUGC